ACUGUACUUACUCACUUUGGAAUUUGCAGCUGACUUCUUAACCAUAAGCUACGUAACUCUUUCAGAUUAGAGCGUGGUUGUUUAUGUGCUAAUCUGUGAACAACGUAUUAAUCUGAAUUUUCUCAGUGUUCAUGGUGUUAGGGUAUUGAGUUAUUGAAGACAGUUUUAGUUGAAUGUUCUGCGUGUAUACACAACUGGAGUGACAAAAUGGGAAGAGACAAGGCGGGAAUAAGACUCAGAAUGGCAGCGGUGAAGGAGAAGUACAAAAAGCACAAGACAAAGGGAGCAGGGGCAGGCCCUGAUUGGACAAAAACGGGCAGCUUUAUUCAUAAACCUGAUCGGGGGUGGAUUCACCCAGAUGAACAGCUUCUCCCAGAUGCGGGCGUUUGCUAUGGAGUACGGUACAUUGGUUGUCUGGAGGUGAAGGAGUCCAUGAGGAACCUUGAUUUUGAAACCAGGACGGCUCUGGCCAGAGAGGCCAUAAACAAAGUGACUGAGGCAGCUGGGCUGAAGACAACUAAUAGAAAGAGAAAGAUUGAAAAGAAGAUCAGCAAAAUGUUAGGGGACUUACCCAAAAUGCAACAUGCUGGAUCUAAUGUUAACCUGACCAUCACAACAGAUAGCCUCAGUUUGAUGGUAAUGGAAUCAGGGGAGAUAAUUGCAAACCACGAGAUGCCAGGAAUAUCCUUCGCAUCAGGAGGAGAUGCGGAAACAUUAGAUUUUGUCUCCUAUGUAGCUAAAGACCCGAUCAACCACCGGGCAUGCCACGUGUUUGAGUGUGGGGGAGGGCUGGCAGAGGAUGUCAUUACCACUAUAGGACAGGCCUUUGAGCUAAGGUUUAAGGAGUUUUUAAAGCAACAGCCGAGGGCAUUAACAGUACCAGAUAGAAUAGAAAACCCGUUAUUUGACAACGAGACGUCGGCCUGGGGGGAUGAACCAGAGUAUUAUAAUGAUCGACCGGGGGCCAGGCCCCCGUCCCCGCGGUCACAGCCCCCACCUGUCCCACCCCUCCCACAGUACUCUGCUCCCAAGUCCAACUUACCUGUCCGAGAUGGGAACUAUGCAUCUGACAAGGAGGCGCCUGGAAUCUUUAUGCACGAGAGAGACACAGUGGCUCCCUUAAUAGACCUGUCCGAUCCAGCAGAAGGGACAACAGCCUAUGAUAACCCUGAGGCUGGAGCAGCAGCUGCACCAAUAACAAAUCCUCUCCUUUUUAAUGGGAACUCAAGUCUGUUGUUUGACAGCAAACUCAGUUCUCAUCCACAGCUGGAUGCAUUUGAUAUGGAACCAUUCACAGCUAGUUUACCUGCAGACGGUGAAUCUUCCUCAAGUAGUAGUGAGAGAAGUCCUAAAGAACUCCCAGAAAGGGUGCCAGAGAAAAAACUGAGAAUAGACAUAGGCAAGAAAAGUGCUGUACCCAGCUUAUCCGAUGAGGAAUGGUUCCACGGUGCUAUAGCGAGGAAAAUGGCAGAAGACCUGCUGAAGAAAGAUGGGGACUUUCUGGUCAGAGAGAGCACGAACAGUCGUGGUCAAUUUGUUCUGAGUGGACGUCAGAAUGGUUCAGCCAGACAUCUGCUUCUCGUGGACCCAGAGGGGGUGGUACGAACUAAAGACCGAGUGUUUGAAAGCGUCAGUCAUCUUAUUGACUAUCAUCGGAGCAACAGCUUGCCAAUAGUGUCCCAUGAUAAUGAACUCUACUUACUCCAGCCAAUCAAAACUGCCAAGACAUGAUGAAUUUGGCACUAAUGACCAAUGAGUUUCCGUUUUACAUUGAGUGGCUCAACCCAACAUCUUACAAUUUCUUCUUGCAGAAGGCUGUUGCCCGGCAUGGCAGGAUGCUUUCUGUGGGUGGGAUGCCAUUUUCAUCUUCAUACAUACUUAUUUUUACGCAAAUACCAAUAUUUUAUACUCAUAAAUGUGGUGUAAGGCGGCUGUUUUACAGCACCAAUAGAAUCUCUAAAUAUUGUUUAAUACCAUGGGAAUUGUGUGCAUCAAAUUCAUGUAUAUCACUCAUGUUACAUCAUGUCAUGUAGUUUGUGCUUUACAUUUCAUGAAGAGGAAAAGGGUUAAAAUGUUCUGGAAAUAAGCCAAAUAUGGUGGUGUCUUCUUCCUGGUCAAAGGUCAUGUGAACAAUUCUGUUGGUCAGUCCUACCUGAGCAGAAGUCACAUGAACUGGACAAGAGACCAUGUGGCAAGAUCUGCUGGUCAGUUCUGUUGGAUCAGAGGUCACACAGUCCAGUAAGUGCUUGUACACUGACCAGUAGUUUAUCUUGUUAUUGUGCAUAGGCAUGAUGUUGUUGACCAAUGUCAGUGUGGGCAAGAGAAAUGACAUUAUUUGCUGUGAAUAUCUAGUCAAAUCCAAUCCUAUAGGCCUACAUGUAUGUCACGGUAGGCAUAUCUCAUUUGCCACUGCUUUUUUCGUUUUGUUUGUUUAAGCAGGUAAUGACUAUCAAAGUCUGGUUAUCGUGAAACUUGGGUGGAGUCCAGUUAGACUUGGCCAGCUGGUGGACUGGAAAGAUUUUAGACAUUAUAGUUUGAGUCCGCUGCAGCUCCUCAUCAUUGAGGGAGAAAGCUCCGUUGUGAGGCUUUAAUAUCUACUAAGUAUGAAAGAUUUAGAUAAUUUUGUAGAUACAAAAGUAAUACUGGAAUAUGUAAAAUGCAGCUUCCAGUUGUUCCUAUUUUCUCACCAUAGCUCCAAAUUCUCAAGGUCCAUACUUCUGACUAUUAUAUUUAUUUUCACUAAUUGUAAAAAACUGCUUUUUUUUAUUAUACAUCUGCAAUCAGUUAUACUAAAUAGUAUAGCACACAUUAUUACAUCUAUUACAUCUUCGUUGGUCAAACGUCAGAUUUUAAUACAAGGUUUUGUUUAUGAGGAAAUGUUAAGCCAUGGUUGAAAAGUUUGGCACAUUUUGAGAAUUAGGAUCCGAUGUGUGCACGUAUCCUGAAGAUGACAAAUAAAAUUAAGAUUUAGUGGAAACCAACAAUUCAAGUUUCUGUUGACACAAACAGUUGUUAUCUUUGAGAUCCACGAGGUAAAAGGAAGGUUUAAUAUUUUGAAAUAGCGGCAUUCUUCAUGUACAUGUAUAAUCACUCAACUUAUACGGCAAUCUGAGCUAAAAUCAUCACACACUAUGCAAAUUGCAUAUAAAAAAAAAUAAGAAACGAGCAGUGAUAUGUGUAGACUAGCUCCCAGCCAUGUCUUGUCUUAACUUGGUUCCCAUCACAUUUGGGUGCAAUUACUGUGUGAGAUAACCCAAAUGAACACCUUAUAAUUACUGUGUGCGAUAACCCAAAUGAACACCUUAUAAUUACUGUGUGCGCUAACCCAAAUGAACACCUUAUAAUUACUGUGUGCGAUAACCCAAGUGAACACCUUAUAAUUGCUGUGUGCGAUAACCCAAAUGAACACCUUAACACUUUCUGCAAUAUUCACACACUCACUUCAGAGUAGACAAAAUGUGCCAUGAUGUUCUGGUUGCAUGUAUUUAUGUAGGAUUUGUUUUGCAUAGGCCUGAGCUCCUCUGAAACUUACUCUUGUCUUUGCUAUGUAAUUUGUUAAUUGUUUAAUUAGUCUGGUGUCAAUUGUGCGGAUCUGAAGGCUACUUAACAUAAAUUCUUGCCUCAUGAUAUUUUUCUUGCCAAAACAAGGACCUGCUGUGAAUGUACAUGUGUUCGUUGUUUCUCUCAAAGUGAACUUCUUUACACAAGAUGUACAUCCAACGGUUUUGUUUAGUAAUGUGCAGCUGUGGCAUGAAAUUCAUGGAAGACAAAGUCGCACUUGCAUGUUAUUAAAAUGGACUCAGUUGUCAGUCAUGUAAUUUUGUACAAAAUUUAUGUUCAGGGCUUUGCAAUGAAUACAUGCACAUGAGUUUUAUCCUGCAGAAAUUCUAUCACUUUCUACCAAGACAAAGCAAAAUCUAGAAGGCAUUUAUACAAUAUUGUACUUUUUCGGUCUAAGGCAUAACCAAUCUAAUACAUAUGUGGCAGAUGUCAGGAGCCUGGAUUAGAACCCUGGACUGUCCAUGAUAUGGAUGAAAAAUUGCAGAUGUGGCGUUAAGCCAUAAUCAUUCAUUUAAAUUCUGGAACCCAACUAAUGGACAUAUUUCUAUAUGUAUAUAUAUAUAUAUAUAUA